GGUACGUAUUGUUUGCGUGAUGCGAAUAAUAGUCAACAAUUCAAAACGUCCUUCUGUGUUCAGAACUCCCUUUUGAAAAUAAGCAAGCAGUUUCAAGAGAUAAAUACCAUUGUUUUUCUUGUUUGGCUGUGUGGUCCUUUUGAGAAAAACACAUAUCCACCCAAAUCAUCGAAUUUUAAACACAUUGUUUGGUUUGCUUGGCCAACAGUGUGUUACGCAACAGAAGGUUGCAACUUGCAUUGAAGGAAUCUUACUUCGUGGUGCACUCAAGCGAGAGAAUUAUUAUUGUGACCCGCGCUAAAUUUUACAGCAUAGAGCAAGGAAACAGCGGUAAUAGAAAAGCGAGUAGCAAACUUGCACCGUGGUUUAUUUGCCCGGUGAGUUUCUUCCCGGGAUAUAGCGAACCAAGAUCGACUGUCUCAGGAAGUGAAUGAAGAUGCUGCUGGCAGAGUGCGCCGCGAAGAACGAGGAGGUUUCGUCUUCUGGUCAUCUCGGCAAUAUGGCGGAAAACUUGAAGAACGACGGAGGGGUUCAAGUCGAUGUUACAACAGCCAAAACCGCAAAUACGAGAGGAACUUGUCUGGUGUGCGGGGACACAUCAACCGCCAUCCACUACGGCAUUUCGUCUUGUGAAGGAUGCAAGAGUUUUUUCUCUCGAGCCAUUGCCAACCACGAAUCCUUCACCUGUCCGACCAAGACCUGCCGAAUCAACAAAGCUACCAGGAACCGAUGCAUGUAUUGCCGAUGGAAGAAAUGCAUCGCUGUGGGAAUGUCAAAAGAUAGAAGCAAACUCGGCAGACGUCCAAGGAAGAGCCGAGUCUCUCGUUCUGUGCCAAGUGCAUUGGCGGGUAAAAGUGCAGACGUCGGUAGUGGUACUUACAUGUAUUCCUCCUCAGCAGCAUCCGAUCAAGCUGGCCAGGAUCCGUGGCAGACUACGAGCAGUCAGUAUGCUUCAUCACCAGGGAUGUCAAAAACAACUUGGACCGAGACACCUCCGCAUUGUGAGCCUCUGGUUCCAUUUGAAGGGUCAUGCUUCGCCGGGAACAGCACGCCUGCAACCCAUCUUCCAGCCACGGGCGAGGGGUCCUGUGGCAUCAGGAAGAAAACCGCAGAAAGCCCAUCAAACAGCAUCGACUUCGCUGACAGGGUAUUCGAUCAUUGGAAUUCCAUUUACAAGUAUCUGUCAAAAGAGGGCACUUACAUCAACGUGGUGGAGCGGGCCGACCUGGAACAUAUUCAGUUUGAAGCAGUCGAGGAUCGGCGUCAGAUUAUGUCCAUCUUACUUUCUAACUUCGAUCCGUCUAUCAGGGACUUUAUCAAGUUCAUGAAGCUCAUUUCGGAGUUCCGUAGGCUGGACGUCCAGGACCAGAUUAUCUUGAUCAAGGAGAACAUGUACGAGGCGAUCACGCUGCAUCAAGCUUUCCUGAUGGGAAACUCCGAGAUCAUACAUGUGCUUAGUUCCGCGCACUCAGUCAGGAUCCCCUUGAGCCUAACGGUGACUGAAUUAGCUCUUUGGAACAUGUUGAGAGCCACUUCGGAUGUCGGCCGGCAGAUGAUGCGAUUGGGUCUCAACGGGCAACAUGCAUGCGUGCUGGGCGUCAUUGCUAUACUUGCUACAGAUCGCAUCGGGCUCAAGAACGUGUCUGAUAUCGAGAGGCUGCGGUCUUUGACCCUAGAGGCCCUGCAGCAGCUCAUCAUGAGAACCCAUCAAGAGAACCACCGUGAGGUCUUCUCUAAGACCAUCCUCCUUCUGCCAUCUGUCAGAGAAAUCAACUGUGACCACAGGAAUCUGGUGCUGGCCAUGUCUCUGGAAAUGCCACAGAGAAUGCCGGACCUCCAUAGGGAGGUGUUUGACAUAUGAGGUCGAGAUCACCAUGGCCGGGGGCCGUAUACCAUAAGUCCGACGCCUCAUAGGUCCGACGCGCCUCAUAAGUCCGAAAUUUCGGACUUAUGAAGCAUCGGACUUAUGAGGCAUAAAAUUUAUUUAU